UAAUAAUAAAACGACGAAAAAUACGGCGUUUAAGUUCCUUGGUUGGUUUUCACACUCUCUCUCCCUGAGGUUUCCUGGAGAAGAAGCAAAGUUGAACAAAGCGAAAACCUCAGACCCAGGAUCAACUGAAUUACUUCCUUUUUUUUUUUGUUUUCGAGAGAAAAUUUAGGAUUUUUUCUAGUGAAAGGAAGGAAAAGAAAAUGGAUGUGAUAAAGACGCAGCAAAUUUCAGCUCGACCGAUCGAGAAGGUGAUCGUUCAUCCUCUAGUGUUGCUUAGCAUCGUCGACAACUACAACAGGGUCGCCAGGGACACCCGCAAGCGCGUUGUCGGUGUUUUGCUCGGAAGUUCCUUCAAAGGCACCGUCGAUGUUACCAACAGCUAUGCCAUUCCUUUUGAAGAAGAUGAUAAGGACCCAAGCAUAUGGUUUCUUGAUCAUAACUACCAUGAGGCAAUGUUUUCCAUGUUCAAGCGGAUAAAUGCUAAGGAGCAUGUUGUUGGGUGGUACAGCACUGGUCCAAAAUUGCGGGAAAACGAUCUAGAUAUUCAUGGAUUAUUUAACGACUAUGUUCCUAAUCCUGUUCUUGUCAUAAUUGAUGUACAACCUAAGGAACUGGGAAUUCCCACAAAAGCUUACUGCGCUGUUGAAGAGGUUAAAGAGAAUGCCACCCAGAAAAGCCAGAAGGUGUUCGUCCACGUGCUUUCAGAAAUUGCUGCCCAUGAAGUCGAGGAAAUUGGGGUGGAACACUUGCUAAGAGAUGUAAAGGAUACAACUAUCAGCACCCUUGCUACGGAGGUUACUGGAAAACUUACUGCCUUGAAAGGUCUGGAUUCACGACUUCGGGAGAUACGAGGUUAUCUUGACCUUGUAAUUGAGGAGAAACUCCCAUUAAACCAUGAAAUUUUGUAUCACCUACAGGAUGUGUUUAAUCUUCUUCCAAAUCUCAACGUUUCAGAGUUGAUUAAGUCCUUUGCAGUGAAAACUAAUGACAUGAUGUUGGUUAUUUAUCUUUCUUCCCUCAUCCGGAGUGUGAUUGCUCUCCACAACUUGAUCAACAACAAGAUGCUUAACAAGGAGCACGAAAAAGCUGAAGACUCGAAACCUGUUGCUGUGCCAUCUGCAGCAGGAAGCUAGAUUUUAAUGCCGAAGGAUUUUAUUGAAGAAGUCUCCAUCAGACUGCAGUUUUACAAUGAUUUGAUCUUCCCAGUAGUGUAAUAGGUUAUAAUUUUUGCAGUCUGAAUUGGAUGGAUGGUUACAGAGAUGGGGCAUAUUUGUUUGAUUUUAACUCUAUGAUUUCCUCUCCUAGAACAUGUGAUAUUCUUUCAUAUAUGUCAUUGGAUUUUGCCAAAUUGUUAAAACAAAAAUGUUCUUUCUACA